UGAAGUUGUAAAGCAACACGGCGUGGUCUUUGUUCUAACAAUAACAUCAGUGCCCUUUAUGCCGUCACAUUUUCACUUUACGCGCGAGGCUGAGAGAGAGCAAGUCUGUUUUUUCGAAGAUGUGAGGCCCAUGAUAUCGAGUAGGCAACUGUCUCUAAGAAAGCAGGCCGAGGCAAAGGCAGGCGCGACACAACUACGAGGCGCAAAAGUGAAGGAAAUGGAACCAAGAAGAAGCGCCGCCGGCCGGAUUCUACAGGAGCAGAAGCCCCCAACGGCCGACCACGACAAAGAAGGCCCUAACGGGUGGAGAGAGGUUGAAGAAAAUGGGCGCAGCGCUUUCCCCCUAGGGGGAAGCCCGCGGGUUAGCUUAAGCAGGUGCGUCCCGUCCUGGCCUCGUGUGGGAUGGGGUUUGGCCCAGUGGCUGAAGGUCGUGCAGCACUAUCAACUAGGCCGCGCCGCGAGUAGAUGGAGGCUAACCCCAUAAGGAACCCUAUUGUGUCGGCUAGUGAGUCUAGUUGCUCGCUGAACAAAAGGCGAAGCGAAGAUCUGCCAUCAGUUCAGUGACGACGGCCGUACUCUAUGGGCUUAGCAAGCCCUAAGAGGUUCGUGACAUCAUGAAAGUGAAGCAAAUACUUCAGCCGCUUCGGCUGAGUGAGUCGAGUGCUUUGAUGGCGCACCACAGUCGCGCUUUGUCUCUUGUCAGUCUCGUGAGACGAUCCCUUCCAAAAACAUAAAAAAAAACGCGCUUUCUCCUUUUUACUUUCUCGUAUUUUUCACUUUCUUCUCACUUGCUUCUUCUUUCUUCGUCUUCUUAUGAAGACUCUAGAAAAAAAUAUUAAGACAUGACUGAAACAGAUGGAGACGAUAUAAUGGGCAGACUCUUGACGCCUCAAGCUUUCUUUUACUCUAGUACAAAUGGCCACUUACACCCUAGAAGCAACAAGAGUUCACUCACCACGCGUGUUCAGGUGUCUUCUAGAUGAAGCCUUGACCUGAGGGCAGGGCUCCGAGAAGCAAGGAAGGCCGCCCGCUCUUAUCGUUCGCGUAGCUACAGAGGAUGACUGAUCACCACAAAAAUCAGAAUGGCUUCCUUAUAAGUUUAGAUGCCAUGGUUUUGACUAGUGACGUGCUGGUUUAAAAGCUACAACAGAAGAACGAAUACUGACAGCGGGCUCAGUAAGUUCCCACUUUUGAAUCCCUGACGUUUUAUACGGAGAUCUCACGUGAAUACUCUAGACUCAUGGAUACUAGGCGCUGGCGAG